AUGGAGAUCUUGGUGAAAGGCAAUUGGGAGGUGAUUGUUGGAUUUAAUGAAGUCCAGACUGUGUUAGCUGGAUUAGGGGGCAGGAAGUUUUUUGCCUCAGCGUCAGAGGGAGAACUGCUUUUGCUUUACAUUCCAAAAGUGUCAGGAAUACAGACCUGGAAGGUACAAGGUUUAUUAGCAAGUAUUCCUGCUUCUCCAUUAGUAGUUGCCUUAAAUGCUUUCUUCAUUGAAGAGGGCUCUCUUACUCUUUUGAAUGACAAAGAUCUGGUUGUUCCCCACCCCCCCUUACCCACGUGGAAGCAGAGAAGGAAAAAGCCCCGAAAGUUCCGCGGGGCAACUGUCAACCUCCCUGCUAGACGUUUGCCUCCCGCCCAAGGAGAAACGUUCCCUUUAGAGGUUUGGGGUGUAGUUACCCCUGGAGGACAGCAGUUUUCGACGUCCGCGCCGCAGGCCUACUUGGAGAUAGAAGAGCAAGCUCAGGGUGGGAACUGCAGCCCUUGCCCCACCCUGCCCUGCCCUGCCCCGCCCUCCCCAGUGCCGGAGGCACAGCCCCUGCCUGAGCCCAGUUGCACAGCCAUGGAAGAAGGCCUGGUGGAAGUGGAGCCCAAGGUUGCGCACGCCCUGCCUGAGGAGAACAUCAUGCCCUCAGAGGCUGGGCAAGCCAGGAAGAAAAUCCCGCUCAAUAGGAUAUUUAUAGCCAGGCUGGUCAAGUUUCUAAGUUUCAGAAAAAAGAACCAGGCUGGGGCCGUGCCCUGCAGUACCAAGAAGGUACAAAAACCGAAGGAGCGUUUGGAGGGGCCUUGCGGCUUGGGCUGUAUAGUUAUUCCCUGCUCUCAGUGUUGUAACAACAUCCGUUGCUUCCUGGUUUUCUUCUGCAUCCUGGUCACCUCUCAAUGUAUUGUGUUUGGCCUUGUAGAUAUGAGCAAUGACAUUUUCCUGAAGAACAGUAAUCUGAAAACUGCUGAGAAUUUAGUGUUGUCAUUGACUUAUGAUAUUUCAUCUUGCCUGGUAGUAGUGUUUAUAGCAUACUAUGGAGGAAAAGGAAGCAUACCAAGAUGGAUUACAGCUUCCUCUUUUUUAGUAGGAUUUGGAUCACUUUUAUUUGCUCUUCCAUACUUUAGUGGUGGAUUUAAUGAAGAAAAUGUUGAAUCUGAAGUUAUUUGCCAAGAAAGGAGGAUGGCCAAGGUUUGCAAGAAAUCUUCAUUAUCAUUCCAAUCAAAAUAUAUGACUUUCUUCAUCCUUGGGCAGUGUGUGCAGGGAAUAGCAGCUAUACCUCUUUAUGUCCUUGGAAUAACCUUUAUUUAUAAGAGCGUUGCCACACACUCAGCUGCUAUUUAUCUAGGCAUUGUGGAAGCUGCAGGAAUAUUUGGAUAUGCUUCAGGUUAUGCGAUAGGACCACCAGUAAUUAAGACCUCUGAGAACAGUAGUUUUGAGAAAAGCAUUGAAGACAGUAAGCAACACCGGCUGCGGAAUUGGGGGAUGAAUUUUGUUGUUAUCUCCGUUAUUGCAUGGUGUACAUUAAUACCAUUGUCAUGCUUUCCACGCAAUGUACGAGGUACAGCGAGGGUAAAAGCUGGGAAACAUAGACAGCCUUAUUUGCUGGACAGAGAUCAAUCCAAAGAUCAGGAAUUUGGACCUAACAUCAAGGACUUACUUGCUACUUUUUGGAUUCUGAUCAAGUCUCCAAUAUUUAUAUGCCUAUCUCUGUGUAGAGCUUCAGAGUCUUUAGUUAUGAUUGGAGCAUCUGAAUUUUUGCCUCUAUAUAUAGAAAAUCAGUUUAUAUUAACACACAGUGAGGCAACGACAAUUGCAGGACUUGUUUUAAUUCCAGGAGGUGCACUUGGCCAGAUUCUGGGAGGUAUCAUUAUUUCCAAGUUACAAAUGACUUGUAAAAGCCUUAUGAGAUUUGUAAUGGUUACAUCUGCUAUAUCACUUAUACUACUUGCAUUUGUAAUUUUGGUACACUGUGAUACAAUACCGUUUGCUGGGAUCAAUGAAGAUUAUGGCGGAACAGGGCAGUUGGGAAACCUGACAGCUCCUUGCAAUUCUCGUUGUAAAUGUUCAUCUUCACUUUAUUCUGCUACAUGUGGAAGAAAUGAUAUUGGAUAUUUUUCUCCUUGUUUUGCAGGUUGUACACAUUCUAAAACAUUUAAGAAUCGCAAGACUUAUUACAAUUGUUCUUGCAUUAAAGAAGGAUUAACAACCUCAGAUAAUGAAGGUGAUUUUAUCGAUGCUAGACAUGGGACAUGUGCUUCAAAGUGCUAUAAGUUACCUUUGUUCCUUGCUUUUGUCUUUUCUACGAUUCUCUUUUCUGCUUUUGCUAAUGUACCAAGCAUCCUGACUAUCCUUCGGAUUGUAUCUGAUAAACAACGUUCUCUGGCCUUGGGUGUGACCUUUGUGAUUUUGAGAAUAUUUGGGACUAUACCUGGACCAAUAAUUUUUAAAAUAGUAGGAAAAGCUUCUUGUCUCUUUCGAGAUACUGAGCACUGUGGAAGCACUGAAAAUUGUUGGAUCUAUAACAAGACAAAAAUGGUCUACCUGUUGGUAGGAGUAUGUCUUAUUUGCAAAACAGUUACUAUCAUCUUCACUGCUGCUGCAUUUGGCCUAUAUAAAUAUUUACCAAAGGAAAAUGGUGACAUCGUGCCUACAGUUGUGAAGCAUCUAAAAGUUAAAAAAAGGGAAAGAACUGAUUUAUAACUGGACCAU